UUGGUAUUUUACAGCAAAUCGAAAUGGAUCUGUCUCUGAAGGUCUGUAUGGUCGUCAUCCUGCUUCUCGUGGCGUCAGACGACAAGGGGCCAGUACAGGUAGCUUUGGCCAAGCAGUGCCUGACGCAGAGCCACAAGUUCCAGGGGCCGUGCGUGCGCGACUCCUACUGCGGAAACGUCUGCGUGACCGAGCCAGGGCGCCCAGGGGCUUUCAUCGGAGGCAAGUGCGUUCGCGUUCACGAUCACGGCUGCUUCUGCAUCAAGAAGUGCUAGAUGCCCUCUGAUUUCCUCAUACGUGCACGCUUCCAUGUAUCUUGGUAGUUGGUAGUCUCGUAUCUUGUGUUUCUUCGGACGCCAACAUAUGGUACCAUCUGUGCCCCAAGAAAUACAAUUCUAGCAGUAGAUCUUUGGCUGAAAUUGGGGGCAAUGCCUUUGCGUAUCUCUUUCUCUCAAGAUUGGCGUGAAAA